AUGGGUACCGUUGAUGAUGAACAAAUUCGUAUACUCAUUUUAAAUGAAGGUGAAGAUAAAAGUGAAGAAUUAUUUCGAUUAAAAAAAGGAUGGAUUCUUCGAAUAGUUUUAUCAUCUUGUUUAUCGUGGAGAGAAGUUCGAAUAUUUACAAAUGCUUGUCUUUAUGAAAAAGAUCAAUUUAAACGAAAUAAUUAUCAAGAAUUAAAAUGGAUUUAUCCAUCAACUAGAAUAUAUGAUGAUUCAGAUCGUUAUGUAUCGAUUUUAUGUUCUAAAUCUGGUUCAUUUCAUUAUUAUUUUACUAUUGAUGGAACAACAGCUAAAGAAAAUCUAAAUGGUCAAGGUUAUUUUCAAGUUGAAUCACAUUUAGUUUGGCCAGAUGGAAGUAAUGAAGUAUUAGAAGAAGAAUGUAUAACAUGUCAAACAGUAUUAUCAAAAUGUUUAGGUCCUUUAUCUGAAUGGUUAUCACGUCUUGAAGUAACACGUCAUUCAGGUUAUAAUAUGAUACAUUUUACACCAAUUCAAUUCCUUAAUAAUAUAUCAAAUUCAUCAUAUUCAAUAAGUGAUCAUCAUAAAUUAAAUAGAAUAUUUGAGGGAACAUAUGAACAAAUGAAAAUAUUAAUUGAUUAUAUCGGUAAAGAGUGGAGAAUAUUCUCAAUAACUGAUCUUGUUUAUAAUCAUGCAGCUGAUGAUUGUACUUUUCUUCAAGAUCAUCCUGAAGGUUCUUAUAAUUUAGUUAAUUCUCCAUAUUUAAAACCAGCUGUAUUAGUUGAUUCAAUAUUAAUGCAAUUUACUUAUGAUGCAAGUCAAGGAAAACUUUUAUCAAAAGGUAUACCAUCUGAAAUAAAAGAACAUCAUUUACCAUUAAUUUGUCAUUAUUUACUUAAUGAAAUAUUUCCUCAAUAUCGUUUAUGGGAAUAUUAUAUAUGUGAUACAAAUAAAUUAAUUGAACUAUUUAAUAAACAAUUAUCUAAACGAGAUAAUUGUCCUGAUAAAUCUUCAUAUGAUAAUGAUGAUUUAAUUAAAAUAAAUCAUCAUAAAUAUAAUAGAAUGAAAAGUUUAAUUGAUCUUGAUUUAGCUGAAAAAGUUUAUUUUUAUAAAAGAGAAUAUUUAACAACUAAACAAGAAUGGAUUGAUGCAGCAUGUAAUGCAUUACGUGAUCGUCUUCAUUUUUUAAAUCAUUGUGUUUGUCAAAAAUUAAACGAAAAUUUAAAUCGAGCUAUUGACAAUUCUAUUGCUUCAUGUCGUUAUCAUUUUUUUUCAUAUGAUGGACCAAAAUAUAAAAAACUAUGUUUACCAUCAACACCAUUUGUUGGAAAUUAUUUUCAUUAUCCAAAUAGAGAAUUAAAACAUCCAGAUGAUAUAAAUCAAUUAAUUGAAGAUGAUAUUAAUUAUCAAACAUAUGUUAUGGCUCAUAAUGGUUGGAUUAUGAAUGAUGAUCCACUUAGACAUUUUCCUCAGCCAGGAGACGAAACUUAUUUACGACGAGAUUUAAUUGUAUGGUCUGAUUUAAUAAAAGUUCGUUAUGGUUCAAACUGUGAAGAUUGUCCAUCAUUAUAUUUCUAUAUGAAAGAAUAUACACGUUUAAUAGCAACAACAUUUCAUGGUUGUCGUAUUAAUAAUUCUCAUUCAACACCAUUAUGGUUAUUACAACAAAUGAUGGAUUAUUCUAGAGAAAUAAAUCCCUAUUUUUAUAUUAAUGGAGAACUUUCAACAGGAAAUAUAAAAAGUGAUCUUCAUUUUAUUAAUCAAAUUGGAAUUAAUUCUUUAAUUAAAGAAUCACAUCGAGCAUUUGAUCCAUAUGAAUUAGGUGAAAUGAUAUCAUUAGUUAGUCAAGCUGAUCCAAUUGGUUCAUUUAAUAAAUGUAAAACUCGUCAAUUAUUACCAUCAAAACCAUAUUCAUGGUUUUAUGAUCAAACACAUUAUAAUUCAUCUCUAAUUGAAAGAAGAUCAGUUGAAGAUCUUCUUCCACGCUCAGCUUGUCUUGCUAUGGCUUAUUCUUCAACUGGUUCAAAUCGAGGUUAUGAUGAAUUAAUUCCACAUCAUAUUGAUCUUGUUCAUGAAACAAGAUUUUAUGCCAAAUGGGGUUAUCAACAUAAACAAAUAAAUGAUAAAACUGCUAUGAUUUAUAUUAAAAAAGUUUUAAAUAAAUUACAUAUUGAUCUUGCUCAACAAGGUUUUACUCAGUUAAUGGUUGAUCAAUUAAGUAGAUCAGUAUUAUUAAUAACUCGUUAUAAUCCUGAAAGUGAUAAAUCAGUAUUAUUAAUAGGUCAUACAUCUUUUUUUCAAGCAAGUGAAAAAUGGGAAUAUAUUAGUUCAUUAUCAAUAGAAGGUGUUAUUGAUAAAAUAUUAUUUGAAGGUUCAAUAAAUCAUCCACAAGAUAAAGAACCAGUUAGAAAUUUUAAAAAAUCAAAAGAAUAUAUAAAUGGACUUGAACAAACAAAAAUAUUUUUUCAUGAAAAUAUAUUUAUUGAACAAAGUCGUUGUAUUCGUUUAAAAUCUCCAAAUUCUCCUGAUUAUAUUGGUUAUCGAAGAAUUGAAUUUACAAAUGAAUUUCGUCCUGGAUCAAUAAUUGCUUUACAAAUUUCACUUCUUCCACAAAUUCGUCAAUCAAUAAUAAAUAUAAAACAAAUAUUAAAUCAAUAUUCAAAUCCAACAAGUCAAUUUAAUAAAAUAAUUAAUAAAUUAACAUUAAUUGAUCUUGAACGUAUUAUUUAUCGUACAUCUAUUGAAGAAAAAUCUGAUGGAAAAGGUUUUGAUUGUUAUAUAAUACCUGAUUAUGGAAUACUCAAUUAUUGUGGUCUUCAAGGACAAAUAUUAAUUUUAGAAAAAAUUCGUUUAUUUAAUCAAAUAAAACAUCCUUUUAUUAUUAAUUUAAAACAAGGAAAUUGGUUAAUGGAUUAUAUAUCUAAUAGACUUAAAAUUCAUCAAAAUACAAAAGAGUUAGGUAAAUGGUAUGAAAAUGCUUUUCAAUAUAUAAAUUCAUUAUCACGUUUAAUGGUUCCAAUAUAUUUUGAUUUAAUAAUAAAAGGUUCAUAUAAUAAAUUAUUAGAACAUGGAUAUAAAUUAAUCAAUUCAUUUAUUAUUGACUCAUCUUUAUUUGUUCGUUUACUUAGUCAAACAAGUAUUCAAUUAAUAAGUAUUAUUCGAAAUGCACGUUUACCAUUAUUAUCAUCGGAUAUUCGUCAACCUCAUCCAAUUGAAGAAAAAGAUGAACAAACAUUUGAACGUAUUCAACAAAUUCCAUCAUUAGCUGCUGGAUUUCCACAUUUUUCUGGUGGUUUAUGGAGAAAUUGGUCUCGUCAUACAUUUAUAUCAUUACGUGGUCUUCUUUUAUUAACUGGUCGAUAUGAAGAAGCUCGUUAUUUAAUAUUAUCUUAUGGUGGAUCUAUUCGUCAUGGUUUAAUUCCAAAUUUAAUAGCUGAUGGUAAAACUGCUCGUUAUAAUUCUCGUGAUGCUGUUUGGUGGUGGUUAUAUUCAAUAUCACAUUAUACUGAUUUUGUUGUUAAUGGUUAUGAAAUUCUUUCAGAUAAAAUUUCACGUUUAUAUCCAAAUGAUGAUAGUCCAUUAGAAAUAGUUGAUUCAUAUAAUCAAUCAUUAUAUGAUACUAUUUAUCAAGUUCUUUUUAUUCAUCUUCAAUCAUAUAAAUUUCAAGAACGUGGUGCUGGAUAUUCUCUAGAUCCAUAUAUGACAGAUAAAGGUUUUUAUAAUAAAAUAGGUGUAGAUUUAAAUAAUGGAUUUCUAUAUGGUGGAAAUCGUUGGAAUUGUGGAACUUGGAUGGAUAAAAUGGGUUCAAGUGAUAAAGCAAUGAAUAAAGGUCAUCCAGCAACACCACGUGAUGGUUCAUCUAUUGAAUUAGUUGCUUUAUCUCGUGCAACACUUUCAUGGAUUAUUCGGAUGAAUAAACAAGGAUAUUUUCCUUAUCAUUAUAUUGAAAUAUAUUCAGAAUCUAAUGAUAAAAGAAAAAUAUAUUUAACUGAUUGGUUAAAUCGUAUUGAUGAAAAUUUUGAAAAUGAAUUUUGGAUCGAUGAAUCAAAUUCAUCUGAAUAUGUUAAUAGAAAACAAAUUUAUAAAGAUACUAUUAAUUCAACACUUAUAUGGACUGAUUUUCAAUUAAGACCCAAUUUUAUUAUUGCUGCUGUUAUUGCUCCAGAAAUGUUUAAUAAAACUCAUAUAUGGUUAGCAUUAAAACAAGCAGAAAGAAUUCUUUUAGGAAAAUAUGGAAUAAAAACUCUUGAUCCAAGUGAUUAUAAUUAUGUUGGUGAUUAUUUAUAUGAUGAUGAUUCAUAUGAUUAUAAACGAGCACAUGGUUUUAAUUAUCAUAAUGGUCCAGAAUGGUUAUGGUUAACUGGUUAUUAUAUACGAGCGAAACUUUAUUGGUCAAAACAACAAAAUGAUCCAUUGAUAUUUGAACAAACAAUAAAACAUGUUCGAGAAAUAAUAUCAUCAAUUAUGAAUUUAUUUUAUUCAAAUGAUUGGCAAGGUUUACCUGAAUUAACAAAUUCAAAUGGUCAAUUAUGUCCUUAUUCAUCUUAUAUUCAAUCUUGUUCUUGUGGAACUAUUUUAGAAGCUUUAUAUGAUAUUUUACAAAUAUAA